GACACUUUUCCCCUCAUGGCGGACGACGAGCUAGAUCAGGAUAUUUUCGACUCGCUCGAGCGAGAGGCAUCAGAAUUUACCAAGGAUGCGGAGAUCGACCGCAUCCGCUCGGCCUUCUCUCUCGAUGCCUAUGCUGUCCUUGAUCUUCAGCCCGGUGUGACCGAGAAGGACAUCAAAGUCCAGUACCGAAAGAAAUCCCUCCUGAUUCACCCCGAUAAGACCAAGAAUCCCGCCGCGCCCGACGCCUUUGACCGGCUUAAGAAAGCGCAAACGGCCCUCCUUGAUGAAAAAGAGCGUACAUAUCUGGAUGAGUGCAUUGCCGAUGCUCGGCGGCUGUUGAUCCGCGAACACAAAUACACGUUGGAUUCGCCCGAGCUCCAGACGGAAGAGUUCAAGGUGGAGUGGAGAAAAAAGGCCGUCCAGGUGCUUCUGGAGGAAGAAGCCCGGCGACGUCGCCAGGCCAAGGCACGCAUGCAGGAGGAAGGUCGCGAGAAGCGCAAGGAAGAAGAAGAACUAGAGGCACGCAAGCGCAAGCGGGAUCAAGAUAAAGCAUGGGAAGAUACGCGAGAAGAGCGCAUUGGAACUUGGCGAGAUUGGCAAAAGGGCCGCAAGACCGGCGAUGAGAAGAAGAAAAAGAAAAAGAUGAAGGUACUGGGUUAAUUGAAAGGGGACGAGCAUUCUGGCGUUUGGAAUAGGUCCUUGCUUGCUGCGAAUUUAGGAUUCAGGAUUCAUGAAUGUCUGAAUGAACUUGUUUCUAGAAUCUUGAUUCAUCAUUUUAUACACUUUGUCUUCAAUUUCAUCCGAGCUAUGUUUUUCGUGACUGUCCACCUCCAGAUAAGCAUUCUACCUGGCAGCGGUUAAGGCGUAGGGCCGAUCUUCCCCAUUCGGCGCUUCCAGCAACGGCUUAGACCUCGUCGCGGCUUUGUUGUAAAGGACAUUGACCUUUGAUGGAAUUUCCUCCCUUUCGAUCAUUCUUAGGGAUUUCUGGCAGAAUCAGCGCCUUUCCGUUGCCCUUGCCCUUCUUGCAUGAGAAAGUUGCCGUUGGCCGUUUGACCGUUUGACCAAGUGUCCUUCCUGUUUCGGUUUUGUUGAGUUAUUCGAUGGCUAUAUAGCCAUCUCCCGUUUUUCUGUUUCCUGCCAGAUCAAGAGAGUUUCCCAGGUCUUUAGAGAUUGACAAGUUUUCCCUCCUUUGUCUUUGCGUAGAGAUCUCCCUCGGGAGGUUUCCUCAACCUUCCAUCCAUAAGCUGCUAUCUUCGCUCUUCGCUCAUCCCUCCCCAAACAGUCGCAGUGCGUGGACAUAUUGAUAACGACAGAUCCAACACUUUCAUAUGGACUUCCCCGGAGCAAAUGAAGUGGUGAGCGUGCACAUUAUCCCCCGAGAAGAUAAUCGACUCACCCCUCAGCUUUGAGCUUCUUCCGAUUGGGACAGUAAUCUU